GCAUACCCGGCAGGAUUCGGCCUGCAACUGAUUUUCUGAGCGGCGCGCUCACGGCAGCAGUCACUCCAGCCGCUUCCCGGCAGCAAGCUCUGGACGCAGCCUCAACGCCCGGUGCGUGGAGACGGCUGGCACCAGUUGCGGUCGCCCACUGCCGGGGCACUGGGCCUGCCCAGGGACCCUCCCGGCGCCGGCCGACCGGACCGAUCGCUCGGCGCCGCUGCAACGCACCCACGCUCGGCACCCGCAGCAGGCGUCGCCAGGCGGGCAGUUCGCAACAGCCGCAGUAGCAGCAGUAGCAGCACGGGAGCCCUCUGAGUGCGUGACACACACUGACAAUUUGGCCCAGUGGGCCCGCCAGUGGCCAUGAACGCCAUUCUGCUGCGCACGCUGCAGCCGCCGCGCACGCCCAGCCUCUUGGCGUUCAGCGACUACCGCGAGGCUGAGCAGGCCAAUGCGCGGCACAGCUCCACCACAGCCACCGGGGCCCUGCUAGAGUAUGAGACGCUGGAGCUGCGCGUGCACCCGCCCAACGUGGUCGUGGACAACGAGUCCUACUCAGACCGUACCCUUAUUACCCUCGACUCGGCCAACCGGCCCGGCACGCUGGUGGAGGUGGUGCAGCUGCUGACGGAGCUGGGGCUGUGUGUGACCAAGGCGCGCAUCAGCAGCGACGGCGGCUGGUUCGUGGACGAGUUCCACGUCACGGACGCUGGCAAGAAGGUCACCAACGAGCGCAAGCUGCGGGCCAUUCGCAAGGUGCUGUCUGUGGACACGGACCCGGGCAGUGACGCGGAGGCGGACGUGGGGGUGUUUGAGGAGGCCUCGCAAUGCUCCACCGUGUUCGAGCUGGCCGGUAACGACCGCAUAGGGCUGCUGGCCGAGGUGAUUGCGCUGCUCAAGAACAACGGCUGCGAGGUCCGCUCGGCGGCGGUGUGGACGCACAACCACCGAGUGGCGUUUGUUAUCUCAGUGCUGGAGGCCUCCGCCUCCGCCACCGCCGGCGCGGUGGCGGCGCCAGGUGUGCACCACACGCACCUGCACAACGCCGCCACGCACCACCACGGCAUCGCGGCAGCGCCGGGUGGCGGCGUGGGCGGCGGCAGCUGCCCCAUCAAGGACGGCAUCAAGCUGGCGCGGCUGCGGCAGCUGCUGCUGGGCAUGAUGGACCCGAGUGGCCAGGACUCGGUCGUCAACGUGGCCACCACCAAGGGCCUGAUCCACUACGAGCGGCGACUGCACCAGCUGCUGCUCAAGGAGGAGGAGGCGCAGUGGCGGCGUGCGGGCGAGCUGGCGGCGGCCUAUGAGGCGGAGCUGGCGGAGCUGCAGGCGCAGCAGGAGCGCCGCUGGGCCGGCGGCGCCUGGUCCAGCACCGCGGCGGCGGCGGGCGCGGCGGCACUGCCGGGGUCGUCGGGUCGCGUACGACCGCAGCCGAUCACGAUAUACGGCGGCGGCGGCGGCGGCAGCGCGCUGCCGUCGCCUGCGAGCCUGCUGUCGGCGGCGCCGUCGCCGAGUAUGGCGGCGGCAGGGUCAGCGGGGGCGGGGCCAGGGACGGGGCCGAGCUCGAGUGUGGCGGGGACGCCUGGGGCAGGGGUGUCCGGCGCCACCACGCCGACGCGGGCAACGUCUGCAGAGGCGGCGGCGGGCCGGGGUCAGGGGCAGGGGCAAGGGACAGUCGCAGCGGCGGCAGCGGCUGCAGCGGCGGCAGCGGCGCAGGUGCAUAGCGCCCUGGGCUCGCCGCUCAUGUGCAGCCCAGAGAACAGCGUGCACGGGGGCCGCGCCAACGUAGCGGGUGGAGGUGCCAACGCCGCCGCCCCCUCCACAGCUGAUGGCGCCGCCGCCGCGUCAGCAACCGGCGGCGCCGGCCCCAACGCGGGCGCCUCCGGCGUCAGCUCCGCCGACUUGAGCAGCCAGCCGUCAGUCCUGCGGACCUCGUCCGUGACCGCCACCGCCGCCGCCACGACCAACGGCACCGCCUCCGGCGCCGCGGAGGGCGCCACAGCUAGCAGCACCAACAAUAACAGUAACAACACUCACUACGGCGGCAAGCAGCCCGCCGCGACGCUGGCGGCGCCGCCGUCGCCGUCGCCGCCGCCCGCGCUGUCGGCGUCGAGCGCCCAGAAGCCGGAGGUGUCCAUCCAGCACACCAAGCAGCACAACUACUGGAUGAUCAGCAUCCGCUGCCGCGACCGGCAGAAGCUGCUGUUCGACACGGUGUGCACCCUGGCCGACCUCAACUACGACGUGUACCACGGCGCGGUGGACUGUGAGGUGGAGCGGGAGCGAGCCCACGGCCAGCCGCUCAGCAUAGCCGUGCAGACGUUCUACCUGCGGCCGCGGUUCGGCGACUGCGUAUGGGACGCCAAGCGCGCAGCCAAGCUCAAGUACAUGCUGGAAGUGGCCAUACAGCGGCGUCAGCCCACCGGCACCAAGGUCCACAUCUCGGGCGUGCCUGCCUCCGCUGCUGCCGCCGCCUCCGGGGCCGGCGGGGGCGGCGGCGCCACCUCGGACCUGCCUGCGCUGACGGCGGUGUGGCGCGACUUCGGGCUGUGCAUCAGCCGCGCCAAGGUGCGCGCGCUGGCGGGUGCGGCGGGUGAGCACACCUUCUACCUGGUCGACCGCAACGGCCUGCCUCCCGCAGACACCGUUGUGCAGGCCGCGUGUCAGCAGAUUGGCGGAGUGCGACUGGCGCGGCCGGACGCAGGGAUGAUGGGCAGCAGCGCCGGAGCCGGGGCUGGGGCCGGCAUGGCGGGUGGCUCAGUGGGCGGCAAGGCCGGGGCCGGGAAGGGCGCGGCCGGCGGCGCGGGUGCCGCCGUGCCGCCUGGGGAGUACAAGUUUGGGUUCACUGUGUAUUCACGAUCGGGCUGGGGUGGCCGUGAUGCCAACGGCGCGCCCGAGUCGGUGUAAGAUAGACACGCGGGUUGGUGGCCGGGAACCUGCAUUUCGAGGAGUUGGUUGCAGGAGGCGGGCGGGCAGGAUUGACCGAUCGGGGCGGCAAGCAGGAAGGCAGACAGAACCGGAGCAGGGAUGGGCCGUGUGUAGCGCGUGCGACAGUGCUUUUGUGUGCAUGCGGUGUUUAUAGCUCGUCCAAUGCGUCUGUCGAAGUAGAGCCGAAAUAGAGCUUUAGCAUGUAGGGCAUGUGGUCCCCACAUUGGGUCGCACUUGGGCAGCCCGAGCUUCUAACAAACACACCUAGCUAGACCAGGCUCUCGGGCGUGUCUAGCUGGUGUAUCAGUACUUAUGUCACGUGAUAUCAUACGUACUGUUCCUUUUUUGUUGGCGAUGGGAUGUAUGCGGCUUGGGGUGUUUAGUGCCUGUUUCCACGUGCCGUCACCGUGUGCCGUCGUGCGUGCGUGCGUGUGUUGAUGUGCGCCAGGUGAUGUGCAUGUCUCCAAUGGUUAGCUAAGACAGACCGCGUGUUACAUUGCCCGACUCCCUGUACAACUGGAUUCAGAUUGAUGUCAAGGCUGUGCACCAGAGCAUUGUGCGGACAUGAUGCAUUCACCCCAGGAGCCCAGAGCGGUGUGGGGCAGGAGCCCAGCAGUAGAUGGCGCAUGGCUGCUAUGGCAACACCGGGUGGUUGGAAGCAAGCAGGUGCGCUGGCAAUCACACGGACGUGUCCUUUGGAUCAAGAUAGACGCACAUGGCUGAGGCAGCGGGGCCGUGGUGCCUUGGAUAUGGAGUCCUGUUGAUGAUGGACGUCCUGUUAGUUCCUGGUGCUGUGACUGCAGCGCGCGGGGCGCGCGCAUGGAAUGACAGGUCUGAGCCACACAGUAACGGCUUCGCAUGGUUCGUCUUAAAAGCAUUCUCAAUAAUGCUCCGUCAACAAGCCAUGUCGUGUUGUGAGCAAGGCAGGAUGUUUCAGGAGAGUUUCAGGAUGGUAGCGAAGUGUACGUCAAGCAAGCGGCGUGUCAAGGGUCCCUGCGUGUCAAGUGUCAAAUCCCCUGCUAGCCUGGCC